CCCAUUUUCUCUGAGAGAUUUCGACAUCGCGCAAUUGACUCCCUGGCUGUAUAAGUCUCUGGAAGUCUGAUGAUUGCGCUGGGUGGUGUUGUUAUUGUUGUUGCUGUUUGAGAGCACGAACAAGGACAGAGCUUUGCCAACUUAACAGUGACGUUGUGUGUGGAUUUGACUCAUCCGCCCACACACCACCGCGCGACUUCCCAUUCUUUUUUUCCCCUCCACUCUUGGCCACGACUGACUGACUGACUGCCUGCCUGCCUGCCUGCCUGCACUGUAUCGUUCUUCCCUCACUGCUCCCUCUCUUGCUCUUCAUUCUCUUAUCAGAGACUUGCGCCAUUUCUUUUACCAUCAAGUGCAAGAAUUUCCCCCACUUUGACACCUUACUUUCAUCGUUCUCUCUCUCCUAUAAUUCAGGCUGCGUCCCUGCGCCACUUGCGGGGAUGUCUCAACACACAGAUAUUGCGCGUUCGGCCAUCAUGACCUGCGCCUCAGUCCCGGAUCACCAACGCGACGGGAAAAAACAUACUGGACCCCCGUCACAGUCGGGAUCCGGGAAGGAGGCGAGUCUUAUGCCUCCGGCAAAAUCGCUGGUCGGACGAGCGCUAGGAAACGAACUGCAUUCCUCCGAUGCCCACAAGGGAUCCCAAGCCUCCAAGGAUGGUGUCGGGUUCGCCCUAACAGACACUCCGGUUUCUACCGCACCCUCGUCUCCACAAUUUCCUGCCAACACAUCCACCCCUAACCUCCCCGGUCGCGUGCGUGCAACCACACUCGACAUCCCCGGUCUCACCAAGUCGAAGGUCUCCCCCGACGGACGAAUCGCCCAGCGAGAUGUCGGAUCUAAGCUCGUCAUUGUCAUGGUCGGCCUCCCUGCCCGGGGAAAGAGUUACGUCACCAAGAAACUCGCGCGGUACCUGAAUUGGCUUCAGCAUGAUACUGAGAUCUUCAACGUCGGCAAUCGUCGUCGUGUGGCCGCUGGCAAGUCUCCCUCUGUCGCGGGACGCCGUCCUAGCCACCGAGCCAGCGUCAUUCACAGCGAGCUUGUCGAUUCGGUCCGACGGCUGAGCGUCAGCGUUGGCACCUCCAAUCAACCAUCGCAUAAGGACGUUCGGCGCCCUGAUGGUGCUUCCGCCCUUUCGAACGAAGUAGUGGCUUCGCCCCCGGAACUCGAGAACCAGCUUCCGCCUCCUGCGUGUCCCACCAAAAUCCUGGUCAACGGCAAGGAGGAGGACCCUUCACAGAGCACGAUUGUACCCCCGUUCAAUGCAGGUCUCGAGGAUCAGGAAGCCAUGCGCGAAGCAUCCCCCGAGCCCAUCGAUCAGUCCGCCAACUUCUUCGACCCUCAGAACCAACUCGCCGUGAAACUGAGAGAACAGGUGGCUUUGGACACACUGGACGAGCUGCUGGAGUACAUUCUUGAACAGGGAGGUAGUGUGGGCAUUCUCGAUGCCACGAACAGCACUAUGGAGCGUCGGAAGACAAUCGUUGAUCAUAUUCGCAAGCGUGCCGGCACGGAAUUGAAUAUCCUCUUCCUCGAAAGCAGCUGUGUGGAUCAAGAGCUUCUCGAAGCCAACAUGCGCCUGAAACUUUCCGGUCCGGAUUACAAGGACCAAGACCCUGUUAAGGCGCUGGCCGAUUUCAAGCAGCGCGUGGCGCUGUAUGAGAAGUCGUAUGUUCCGCUGGGUGACUACGAAGAGAAGAACAAUAUGGCCUUCAUUCAGAUGAUUGACGUCGGACGCAAAAUUGUGGCUCAUCAGACGCAUGGCUUCCUUUCCUCGCAGGUUGUGUACUAUCUGCUCAAUUUCAACCUUUCACCUCGUCAGAUCUGGAUCACGAGACACGGCGAGAGUAAGGAUAACCAGCUGGGUCGCAUUGGCGGUGACUCGGAGCUUAGCGAGAAUGGUCAUCGAUAUGCCAAGGCAUUGACUCGGUUCAUCGACCACCAGCGGCGACAGUGGGAGCUUAUUCAGAGACAGAAGGAGAUGCUCCGACACCUACCACCCCGCGCUGGCGACAGCACUCCUCCCAACCCCUCCUACAUCCCCUGUGACCGCCCCCGGAAUUACUGCGUCUGGUCCUCAAUGAUGCAGCGCUCGAUUCAAACUGUCGACUACUUCAAUGAAGAUGACUAUGACGUGAAGCAGAUGAAAAUGCUUGACGAGCUUUACGCUGGCGAGAUGGAGGGUAUGACCUACGAUGAGAUUCGUGAGAAGUUCCCUGAGGAAUAUCAAGCUCGUCGUAAGAACAAGCUUUUCUACCGUUACCCCGGGCCUGGCGGUGAAGGUUAUCUGGACGUGAUCAACCGUCUUCGCGCUGUGAUCAUCGAGAUGGAGCGGACGACUGAUCACAUUCUGCUUGUCACCCACCGAUCUGUGGCGCGCGUUCUGCUGGCCUACUUCCGUGGCUUGAAACGGGAUGAAGUCGCUUCCCUGGAUGUACCCCUCGGCAUGCUCUACAUGUUGGAACCCAAGCCCUAUGGGGUGGAGUUCAAGGCUUACCGUUAUAACGCGACCACGGACUGGUUCGAUUACAUCCCCGACUUCAAACUGCAGCAGUCUAGCGUCUACUAGAUGUGACAUGCUUCCAACAUGCCCUCCUUGCUUCCCAACUUCUCCCCUCUGUUCGUUAGAUCCCGGAUGCCCGCCAUGACCCACCAAUGCCUGUUACACCUUCGACCGGCUUGAACGACUGUCAUGAUAAUAUCUCCUGGGCUCGGUUCUUGUCUCUUUUUCUGUACCCCGGUGUUGCGGUGUUGAUCUUAUCACGGUCCUCAGGCUGACGCACCCUACACCCCACUUCUCUAACCAUGUAUUAUGUUGUGCUUCGUUUGC